UUGGUCAAUACGCUGUUUACAUACAGAUAGCUGUUAACUAAAUUAACUUACAUAUUUCUAUAUUUAUUUGACACAUUCAAAUGGACGAUGAGGAUGAUCCCGUGGUGGAAGAGAUACCCGUUUUUCUCUCCAAGAAUCUGCAAGACAGCCUCUAUCUCUUCCAAUACCCCACAAAAACGACAUUGCCAAAUCUGGACGAUGCCAUCGUCGUCAACUGUUGCGUCAAGCCCUAUACUCAGCAGGUGAAAGUCAAUUUCGGACUGGACACCGAUGCCAAGCACUAUGAUCGCUUCAAGGGCGAACAGUUUGCAGUCUCGGCCGAUGGCAAAUACACUCUGGGCUCGACUACAACAAAGACCGGGGAACGUCCCACUUUUAAGCGUGGCAUUAUGGACAACCAGGCCUUCACCAGCACGCGCUCCCUCACUGACGUCUCGAAGUAUAUUGUAGGAAUAUUGACAGACAAAGAGAUGCAUCUCUCGCCCCUGACCAGCAUUGUCCAACUGCGACCGGCACUGGCCCACUUCGACAAGGAGGACAAGCGACGUAAGGCGGAGCAGAAGGCACAAAGCGACGACGUCGACGAUGAGGAGGCGUUGCAACAGGUGACCGUAAAAUUUGCCCGUGGCGGCAAUGUGGUGAAAAAGGCCAAGGCGCAAGGUGGCGGCUAUGAUUCCUUUAUGAAGCGCAUUGUCGACGAGCCAUGGUGUGAGGCAUUCUGGCAUGCCCGGAGCACGCCCGCAGCGGAACUGGAACGUCAAAAGAUGUACGCGAGCAAUCAGCACGCUAAUCAGUCGCUGUCAUUGCAGCCCAGCGAGUAUCUGGACAAAUUGUUGCCACAUGACGAGCACGUCCAACAGGUGGACACGGCGAAUGUGGCACGUGUGUAUAACAAGGCCAUGCUUAAGACGAUGCCGGCACUCGAGCAGGUGGGAGUUCUGCUCAAAGAUGCUAAAAUGUUGUCCUUUGGAGACAUUAUGCGUAUUCUUACGGAGCACAUUGAUCCACAUUUGCAGGCUGACAAGGUGCUAGCGUUGCUGCCACAAGUGGGUAUACUCUUGCAUGGCAAUUGGGUGCCCAAAUCGGAAAUGGUCUAUCCGGAGAAUAUACUCUCACGUGUCAAUGGCGUGACGGCAGAGCAAAUGAUAAAGGCGCGGGACUAUGUGAUCUUUAGGUUCUCACGCACACAGUUCUUGUUUCGGAAUCAGGUAAUGGCAGCCACUCAAUUGCCGCCGGCCGAAACACUAGACGUGCUGAGCACGUUGGCAAGAGUGAACAGCUCGAAACGAUGGGAGCUGCUGCUGCCCCCCGAUAAGGAGUUCGAGCAGAAGCACUCAGAUCUGGUGCAGCGGCAAGAGUUGCUUUGGCGCGCCACUGAGCAGACCUACAACGAGAUGGACUGGGCCAAGGAAACGAAACGGGUGCGCAAACGAUCCACGCGCACAAGCGAAUCGCAGUCGACGCCAGCAAAGGCGACAAUGCCACCACCUGGCGUGGAUGCGACAACAGGCACAACUAUGGCGUAGCGAUACGUUUUCCAACAACAACAAACAAUAAAGAGACAAGUAUUCAUUUUAUUUUGAUAAA